UUAUAGUCUGAAUCAGGGUCGGACUGAUCAUUUGGAAACUCGGGCACUGCCCGAGGGCCCGGGGUCAGUAGGGGGCCCCAUGAGAUGCCCCUGGUACAUUUUCAUAGGCCCCAUGAGUUGGGCAUUUCAUGGGGCCCCCUACUGACCCCGGGCCCUUGGGCAGUGCCCAAGUUCUCGAAUGGUCAGUCCGCCCCUGAGUGGUACAGUGUUCCUAAAUGAGAGUAGAUUUCACUCUGUUAGCAGUGGUAGUAUAAAGC